AUCCAUUUUCGUCCUUAUGAUUCUUUGGUCGUCAGCUCGACCUAUCAAUUGAUGCAUAAGUCCAAUCGAUCGACCACAUUGUUUGGAGUGGUCCAAUCGAUCGAUUCCAAGCUACCAUGCACUCUAAUCGAUCAACCAGUUGUGUGCCGAUUCCAAUCGAUUGAUGCAAGCUUGUUGGUCGAUGGCUUUGCUUCUUCAUGGGAUCAGGGGAUCGGUCGAUCCGUCGAUCCGUCUUUGCCAUGGAAUGUGAUAGAUCGAUCCCCGGCUAUACCAUGCACUCCUACUGCUUCAAAUCAUCACGGAAAUCCCUUAAAAUCCCUGCAAAGUAUCAACAAAGUCUCCCAAAGCAUUCAAGGACCUAUAAUACAUGAAUACAUAGAUAGAAAACUCCAAAAGCCUAGAAAACUACUAAAAAUCAUUUAAUAAGUAUUAAAAACUAGGAUAUAUCACAUCUCAAUAGAACGGAGAACAAAAUCACCAUUCUGAUGUAAUGAUGAAGACAAGACUUGGGAAGAAAGAGAUGAUGAGGACAAUGAUGUGGGAGAUUCAGGUGAUGAAUUUAACAUUGAAACUCAAGCUGAAUAGCAAGUAUACAUUGUAGAAGGAACUCAGAACGAGCUACCCCUCAAAAUCAAGGAGGGAAGAAGAACAAUUGGACCUCCAUGCUAUUUGAAUGACUAUGCCACAAGAAGUGAAAUCACAAGAGAAGAGGAUGAAGUCAGCAUGGUGGAUUUUAACUCUUGUGAUUCUGCAACAUGUGAAGAAGCAUAAAGAAGUUCAAAAUGGAGGGAAUCUAUGAAUGAACAAAUAAAUUCCAUUGUCAAGAAUCAAUCAUUGGAACGUUAAACCUUAUCAAGUGAAGAGAAAUACAUAGGAAUAAAGUGAAUUUACAAAACUAAUCUCAAUAAGCUUGGAUAAGUAACCAAACACGAAGCUCGAUUGGUAGCUAAAGGCUACACUCAGGAUCAUCGCAUUGAUUAUGCAAGGAUAUAUGCACUGGUUGCUCGGAUGGAUACAAUCAGAUUGAUUCUAGCUACUAUAGAACAAAAUUAAUGCUUGCAACAUCUACCAAAUACAUGUAAAGUCAGCCUUUCUUCUUGGAGUUCUCUUGGAAGAUGUAUACAUACAGUAACCAAAGGGAUUCAUGAUUAGAGGGAGUGAAGACAAAAUAUUUCAACUUCACAAGGCUUUAUAUGGCUUAAAGCGGACUUAAAGCAAACUUCAUGUUGUAUAGCUUAGAUAAUUUUGUUGGAUUUUGAAUAAGUCACCUGAAUCUUGUGGUGAAACUAGUUACUAGCUAUAUAUCUUUUAGGAGUCUUUGUAGGAAGUUUCAGUUAUUGUAAUGGUUAUAUAAGCCGUCAUUCUAUGAUGAACAAAGAUGUACAUUAAUAGUCACUAACAACAGAGAUCCUUUCAGUUACCACUAUCGAUAUAAUAAAUACAAGGUAUUUCUUGUAAGAAAAUAACAACAAAAAAAUUAGUUCAGUUGCAAAUUUACUUAAACAUUACAUGUUCUUACUGAAAGGAACAUGGUAUAUUUGUAAGUAAACUUAUCUCACUCGGUAGAUAUCUGUGAACUUUUCUUGAACUUUAUGCUACAUUGGUAUCAUAAAAAAAUGCUACAUUGGUAUCAUAAAUAUAAUAGACUAUCGGAUAAUAUACCUUUUAUUCUAUCAACCAAUCCAAAGACGGUGCAUUUUAAAAUGAAAAUCAUCCUGAAGUAAAAAAAAAAUCAUUCUCAAGUGUACGCCAGUUUUCAUGAUUAAAAUUUAACUUCUACAAGAGGAAUAUUCUAUGAUCAAAUUCAAUGUAAAUGAUUAACAUAAUCAAUUUACAGAAACAAACAAAAGAAACAAACAAACCCAACAUGUUCUGCAGUCGUCAACGCGCGGAGCCAGCUUAGAAACGCGCUUUUCAGUUUUGAAUUGUUAAAACGUCAACAUUUAUACAAACAGUGUAGCCGAUUACAUUGACUUCCACGUUAUUCUUCGACUUCUCUUAAUAUCUUUAUAAGUUGCUCACGUUCUGGUAUCACUUCACAUGCAUCUAAGCAAACUCAAACACACACUUGAGAAUUGAGAUCUUUUCUAAACACAGAAAGAAAAUAUGUGUUUGGUCGGAUCAUUAUUCUCGUUCAUAGUCUUCCUUAGCUGUAUCAUUGCGGUUUGUGGCCAAGGUACGAGGAUCGGGUUCUACUCAACCACAUGCCCUAACGCCGAGACCAUUGUUCGGACCACAGUGACAUCUCAUUUUGGUUCAGAUCCAAAGAUUGCACCUGGUUUACUAAGAAUGCACUUCCACGAUUGCUUUGUCCAGGGUUGUGAUGGUUCAGUGCUUAUAUCAGGACCUAACACCGAAAGAACCGCUGGUGCAAACCUUAACCUACGUGGUUUUGAAGUCAUUGACGAUGCCAAGACGCAGCUUGAGGCCGCGUGUCCUGGUGUUGUCUCUUGUGCCGAUAUUUUAACCUUAGCCGCUCGUGAUUCAAUCGCCCUCACGAAAGGACAAAGCUGGCAAGUCCCAACAGGACGCAGAGAUGGACGAAUUUCAUUGGCAACGAACGUUAACAACCUUCCUUCUCCAAGUGACUCCGUGGUUGCUCAACAAAGGAAGUUCGCCGCCUUCCGCCUCAACACUCGCGAUCUUGUCGCUCUCGUCGGAGGACACACGAUUGGAACAGCAGCAUGCGGGUUUUUCACGAACAGAAUAUUCAAUACGACCGGAAACAGAGCAGAUCCAACCAUGGACCAAACAUUUGUACCAGACCUCCAAAGACUUUGUCCUCUAAACGGAGACGCAUCAGCUCGAGUGGAUCUUGACUUCGGAAGUGGCAAUACUUUUGACACUUCAUUCUUCAACAAUCUUAGUCGCGGCAGGGGAAUUCUUCAAUCCGAUCACCUUCUUUGGACUAAUCCAACGACUAGAACUAUAGUGCAAGAGUUUUUGGCUUCUAAAGACAGCUUCAAUGCUCAGUUUGCGAGGUCGAUGGUGAGGAUGAGUAAUAUUGGUGUGAAGACAGGGGCGAAUGGGGAAAUUCGUAGAGUUUGUUCGACUGUUAAUUGAAAUGUUUGAUUAGGCAAACUUAUUGCCUCGAGUGUUUAUUAAUUUGUUUAGAGUGUGCCUUUUAAUCUCAGUACUAGGUGAUUACCCGUGAUGGAAA